CCCGUAUCUCUCUCACCCCGAGUCGAUUCUGUUCAGCGCCGCUUCACCGAACGUCCCUAGGCUGGACGACCGGGUGUUCGAUUCGGCCAUGCAGGCCUUCAACGACCUCGCCGCCCGGUCGCGGAUCCAGCACGUGUGCUCGCGCGUCGAUUGCGCGCACCUCUACACGUGCGAGGUGGAGGCGGCCGAGGCAGAGGCCCGGAUGGCUGGCAACCCCCUGAGGCCGGAGCGAAUGGAGGGGCCGAGCUCCGAGCUGGCCACGUACGCUUUUGGGCGGGACAAGGUCAUCACCUUCGACGGGACCUUCUUUGCCAACUCAAGCGCAAUGCGGGAUUCUGGCACGGAGGCGUCCUUGCAUAGCAUCUGCGAGCCCGAUCCGGAAGCGCCGAGGGUCGCCGGGGACUUCACUCCCCUGAGCGUGGGCGGGGUUCGACCUUCGGACGUGCCCUUGGAGGGCAUUGAUUGUCCGUGGAAGUACCGCAACGGCCUCUCGGAGUUGCGGCCGGCCGUGCGUGCUCUUGCGCUCAGGUGGUGCAACUUCCGGAAGGCUCCAGCCCAAGGGAGCAACGCGCCUCUGAAGCCGGAGGAGUUUGUUGCCAUGCGGGAGGGGCUUCCGGCAAAUGUCGUUGCUCUGAUCGACCUCGUAACGGACUCGGGAGCUUGUGGCGACCCCGCCGCGUGUGCGAUUUGCAAGGCGGUGCCGCGGCGGCCGUGGAUGCAAGGGUUUCUCAAGGACGGGCCCGUGGGAGCGACCGGCUGGUGUCCGACUCACUUCCAGCCAUACGGAGCCCUCCUCCACGCCCUCCUUAUUCCAAGGUACUCGUGGAUCUUUGGGCACGUGGUCACGUUGAAGCUGCUGAGACACGUGUUGCUGGAGGGGCCUCUUGACGAGCGCGGAAUUGCGUACCUCUCCAACGACGGCCCCAUGCUGGCGGCCAUCUUGCGCCUCCAUUCGGUUGCCGGGGCGCUGUACGCCUUCCCGCCAACUCUCCGGCCGCUCGUGCGCGACAUCUACGCCACGAAUCUCCUCUGUUUCGAGCCGAGCGCAAACCGGCCCGGCACCUCCUCGCGAUCGCCCUUGGCCGCCCUCCAUGAUGCUACCGAGCAUCUGCGGGCAAUCGAAGGCGAGAGGCUGAAGCUCAUGGGCCAGCUGGAGGCGGCCGCUAUGGAGUAUGCGGAGCGGCAAGGGGCGACUCUCAAGAGGGUCGCCAACUCGCUCCUGUUCGAGCUGGAGGUUCGCGAGCCCCCGUGCUACAGGACGGGCGGGUUCCUUCGAGCGCCAUCGGCGGCCUACACUGAGCGGGUCGGCGCCGUCUCGGUCUACUCUUUCCACCCCCUGCUGUACGGCCGCCCUCAGUUUGUCGACUGGGAGGACGAGUCGGGCCGCGGCAAGCGGUCGACGGAGGAACGGCUCACCCAACAUUGCAGCGCCCCAAAUCCUCGAUCCUCCAAGGGGCGCGCUGGCGUGUUCAUUGCGUGUUGUCAAGACCGGGCGCCGCUCGGCUACCACUGGCUGAAAGGGGGCGAGAGCGUCUCCGACCUGGGGACCGUUUUGAUCACGCUGUUUCCGUUUAAGACGCUGCGGGGGCUCACGAUCGUGGAGGACGCCGCUUGCAACGCCCAGGAGUGGUUCUUGAACCGGGUGCCUCAGUUGGCUAAGUUUAUGCUCUUUUUGGUCGACCGAUUCCACUCGGGACCCGUGAGCUGCGCACCAACAGGGGCAAAGCGCUACGCAACGCACACGUCCACGCGGUCCUUGUUCAUCGACUCCUUUUCGCAGCAUGGCCACACGAUUACAACCGCGUCGGAGGGCAUCAAUUCUGGGCUAAAGAGAUGUGCAGCUAGCCUCCAGCAGAUCACGAGCAUCAAGCGGUUGAUAAGCCGUGUGACGACCAUUCUCGACACGCUUUUUGAACGGUCAAAGUAUGCUGUCUAUUGGAGCGAGUCUAGCAAUUCGUUGAGAGACUCGAUCAGGCGGGCGCGUGGCUGA